AUGAACACAUCGCAUCGAAUGCGCGGCAUCAACAUUAUUUCUACACAGGAUGGCUGUUUUAGCUCUAAACUCAAUCAUCUGAGUGUGUCAGAUCAUUUGGAUGUGCAAAGUAUAAGUUUGAGAGCCCAAAAAAAAAUAUUGGGAAAGUUUACAUCUAGAAAAAUAAUAACUACAUUCAUCGAUGAUGUGAGCGGGAGAGUUUUGGACAAUUUAUAUAAAUUGGUGAAAGAGUUCUGCGAUAAGAAAACCGCUGAAAAAGUGAUAAAACAUUUAAUCAAAACAAUAAUAAAAAUUGGUGUUCUUUACAAAAAUGAUCAGUUCAACAAUGAAGAAUUAGACAUUGCCGACAAAUUUAGAAAAAAAUUUAAUGCUCUCAUGAUGGCCGUUGUUAGCUUUCAUCAAGUUGAGUUUACGUAUGACCGAGUGUAUGUCAUUUCAUCACUGGAAGCUGGUAGAUGUUGCAUAAAACAACUUGUUCAAAGACACCUGACCGAAAAAUCGCUGGGAAGAAUAGAUAAUUUUUUCAACUUUUUUUCAUCAGAAGUCUUUUUAGAUUCAUGUUUCAAGAAAGACGGACCUCAAAAAGAAAUUAUGGAAAAAAUUGUCGAUGAUGUCAAUACAUUAUUAGAAAAUGGAGUUAUUUGA